GUUAUUACCAUAUAAGAUUGACCGUGUCCAUCAUAGUAUGGUGGUUGGGGCAGAUCAAGGGGGCAACACACUUACUAAUGUUGCUUUUCACACGGAUUCAGUUGAUUGUUCUUUCACACCUGGACUCGAGGAGAAGCUCGAGGAACUCAUGUCUGCGCUGAAACAUAAUGAUUCCGAUGAAUGGCCUGGCAAACCAUGUGACAACGAGGUUGAUCUGCUUGCCAUUAUGACCGCAGCGAAGCAGGAAACCCCUAUGGAUCCCACAAAUACUUAAAUUGCUCCUAAAGUAGCACGUGCAAAGCCUCAAGUCGGCCUAAACGUGCCUGUAACUGAAUACGCUCGCUAUCUUAAGAUGCCAAGUUCACUGCAAUACGUUCAGAAGUGUGUUCGUAUCCAGCGAGCUAAAGUUGAUAAGUCCAGGAAACAUAGCAAACCACAGCAGUGAACUGCAUAUUAUCGUGGAUCAGUUUUCUGUUUUGAGCUUUUAAAGGCAUAUCGAAGUUCCCUCAGAGUAGAAGAUUCUGUUUAAGAAGUUUAUGAGAACAUUUUUAAAUGGGCUCACGCAUAUGGGAGCCCUGAGCUAAUUGAGGAGUAGUUAUAGGUGGAUAAACCUCAGCCUUUGGGGUAUUAAGUUACUACACAAAUUGUGGGAAAACCUCUUUUUUUCUCAGUGUACGACUGAGGAGUCGUCUGAAGUUCGAUAUGUACGUGCUUAGGAAAGUAGUGGUUUGAAAUUACUACACUGAGAAUUAGCAAUCAAUGUAAA